AUGGAAUCAGAUGAAUCUUUCGACACCGACUUAGAGGAAGACAGCGUCUUCGAAGAACUUGAAAUCGCCGACGGAAACGACGAGGUUGAGAAUUCAGGACAGUCAGUUCAGGAUAUUUACCUCGAGGCAUGUAAGAAAAAUGAAGUUUUUCCCUCAUCAAGAUUCUUGAAACAAUGCUUAAGUGAAAGCGUCGAUCUGAGCCAUUACGGCCUCGGAAAUCCUGGCACAAGAGCCGUUUGCACAGCUUUGGAAAAAUGCUCAAAUGUAAUAAACUUACAACUUCAAGACAAUGGCAUUAAUGACAAGGGAAUCGUGUCAAUCGCAAAGAUGCUGAAAAGAAAUGUUCAUAUAGUCAGGGUGGAUCUGUUGGGCAACCAUAUUGGCAAAGGAGGUACUGAUGAACUAGGGGAUAUGCUACUGCAGAACAACACACUAAAAGAAUUAAACCUUAGCAAGUGCAGUUUGCAAGGGAAAAACUUCGUUGUUUUUUGUAAUUCAAUUAGGUUAGAUGCCCCGUUGACAUAUUUGAAUUUGUCAUACAACGACCUUGGUGACAAAGGGGCGUCGUUGCUUGGGUCGGCCAUAAAGUGGAACACAGUCCUAGUCACUCUGGACAUCAGUUGGAACAGCAUUGGGGUCGAAGGAGCUCGGGCCUUGGCUGAGGGAUUAAAAAUGAAUACUCGCCUCAGAGAGAUGAAUAUUAGCUGGAAUGGCGUCCUUGAUAAUGGCAUUGCAUUGCAUUGUCGUGCAACCAGACGCUCAAAGUCCUGGACAUCAGCAGUAAUUGCAUCUCCAAUAAAGGCGUUGCUUCCAUAG